AUGCUGGUCAAAGUGAAACAUAAGGGGGAGCAGAGAUUUGUCAAAAUAUAUGAAGUCAAGCUUGUGGAUCUAUUUGAUGAAGCUUUCAAGAAGUUUGGAAUUCCUCUCAACCGCUUAUCUGAUGCCAAACUUUUUGAUGAAACAAAAACUAAAAUAGAUGAAGAUGUUUUUGAAGAGGUGAUGCUGUCAAACAUUGGCCAUGUUUAUGAACUGUCAUUGGACAGCACACCGGAAGAACUUGAUGCUGAGGUGAUGCAGACGAGCCGAGAAAGUUCCAUCCUGGAUAUUGAUGAUUGUGAUGCUGUGAUUUUGAACAUUGAAAGCCCUCUGCAGACACAGUCAAGUUCCAGAAAUAAAGAUUCUGUCAUAGAGGACAUUCUGAAAAAGAGGCCAGGAGGAGACCAGAUCAUAAAGGAAUAUCGAAGGACAAAUAAACUAACAGAUGCUUCUCGAAGGAAAAUGGUCAAUAUGGUUAUUGCCAACAUGACUGAAAUCCAUGGGUAA